CAGUUCAUGCAGGUGGCAGAUGAAUGGAACGGAGACCGAAUCGUAGUUGAUGAAGACUGCAGAGGUUUUCCGAGUCCGUGUCUAGGUCGUUUGUGUGGAAGGUCUUAUAAUCCCUCCUGGAGGACAUUCCACCAAAAAUGGCAAUGCCAAUGGAGACGGAAGGAGUCGUAAUAAGAAAUGACAGGGAGCGGAUUCACAGCGUUCGGGAUAGCAUGAGUAGAAAAGACAGCAUCAUGACUGAAAGGGGAAGAGAGGGACAGGAAUUGGCAUGGGGAAGUGGGACGGGGAAAUCCAUAGGCGUGUUUACAAGUGGAGGGGAUUCCCAGGGUAUGAAUUCCAGUGUAAGAGCUGUAGUAAGAAUGGGUGCCUACUUGGGCUGUAAAGUUUUCUAUAUAAAAGAGGGGUACCAGGGUAUGGUAGAUGGAGGAGACAACAUUGUGGAGGCUACAUGGGCCAGUAGUUCAGGGAUUAUGCAGAGGGGAGGCACCGUGAUAGGGAGUGCUCGUUGUCAGGAUUUCCGAGAAAGAGGAGGCCGCAUGAAAGCUGCAGAAAACCUGGUCAAUAACAACAUCACAAACCUGGUAGUGAUUGGAGGAGAUGGCAGUUUGACAGGUGCCAAUCUCUUCAGACAAGAGUGGGCGGAGCUUCUCGAUGAUUUACUCAAAAGUGGUCGUAUUUCCCAGCAGCAGAGAACAGACUGCACACAACUGAAUAUCGUGGGACUGGUGGGAUCCAUUGACAAUGAUUUCUGUGGGACAGAUAUGACUAUUGGGGCUGACACGGCUCUUCAUCGCAUUGUGGAGGCUGUGGACUGUAUAGCCACAACAGCUUCCAGCCAUCAGAGAUGCUUUGUACUUGAAGUGAUGGGGAGACACUGUGGGUACUUGGCAUUAGUGGGGGCCUUAGCCACGGAGGCAGACUGGGUGUUUAUUCCUGAGUGGCCCCCAGAGGAGGGAUGGGAGGAAACUCUCUGUAAGAAACUGGCCGCUGAGCGAGCCAUAGGACAGAGACUGAACAUUAUACUCAUUGCUGAAGGAGCAAUAGACAAGAAAGGGAAUCCCAUCAGUGCUGACAUGGUGAAAAAGGUGAUAACAGAGAGGCUGAAGUAUGAUACAAGAGUUACAGUCCUUGGUCACGUACAGCGAGGAGGAAAACCCACAGCAUUCGACAGGAUCCUGGGUGCCCGUAUGGGAGCGGAGGCAGUGUUGGCGCUGAUGGAUGCUGAGCCGGGCACCCCCGCCUGUGUGUGUUCACUGGACGGGAAUCAGACUGUGAGAGUCCCACUGAUGGAGUGUGUUGAAAGAACACAAGCUGUGCAAAAAGCCAUGAAUGAAAAGAAGUUCGAAGAAGCCGUCAGGCUAAGAGGAAAGAGUUUCCAGAAUAACCUAACAACCUACAGAAUGUUGAGCAAACUACGACCUCCCAAGGAUAAAUUUGAUCCUUCAGGAGCCACCAGUGGGAGUGGGAAGAAACUGGGUGUAAUGUGUAUAGGAGCACCUGCCUGUGGGUCUAAUGCAGCCAUUAGGUCCUUUGUCCGUCUGGCCCUGACCAAAAACUACACGGUCCUGGGCUUUCACGACUCCUUUGAUGGACUUCUCUAUGGCAAUUUGACAGAUAUUAUAGAUCCGGUGAAGCCUAUGAGUUGGACUGACGUCCAUGGCUGGUCUGCUUAUGGAGGCUCUCUUCUAGGCACAAAAAAAUGUGUGGGAUCAAAAUAUGGUCUGGACAAAAUUGCAGAAAAACUCAAAGAAUAUGAUAUCAGUGGCUUAUUAAUUAUAGGAGGUUUUGAGGCAUAUCACAGUGCCCUACAGAUGGCGGAGGCCCGGAAUCAGUUUGAGGCGUUCUGUAUUCCUAUAGUGGUGAUCCCCUGUACCAUCAGUAACAACGUGCCAGGGACAGACUUCAGCCUGGGGGCAGAUACAGCAAUCAACGAAAUUACUGAUAUUUGUGACAGAAUCAAACAGUCUGCACUCGGAACUAAAAGGCGGGUCUUUGUCGUGGAAACAAUGGGAGGGUACUGUGGUUACCUAGCAACCAUGAGUGGAUUGGCAGGUGGUGCAGAUGCUGCUUAUAUCUUUGAGGAAGAAGUGAACAUUACAAAAUUAAGGGAUGAUGUCUUCCAUCUGAAGGACAAGAUUGUUAACUUGGGUGUUCAAAGAGGGCUCAUUUUAAGAAAUGAAAACGCAAAUUCAAACUAUACAACAGACUUCAUUGAGAAGCUUUUCUCCGAGGAAGGGAAGGGGGUUUUCACUUGUCGUAAGAACGUCCUGGGCCACAUGCAGCAGGGAGGCAUGCCAUCUCCAUUUGACCGAAACUUUGGAACCAAAAUGGCAGCCAAGGCCCUUCAGUAUAUGGCUGAUAUUGUCACUCACAGUACAAAUGCUGCAGGUAAAGUUGUGAAUAAAGACCCAACAUCGGCAGUUUUAUUAGGAAUGCAGAGACGCCACCUGACCUUCUCCCCAGUGGAGGAACUCAAAAAGACAACAGACUUUGUACACAGAAUUCCGACAGACCAGUGGUGGUUAAAUCUCCGCCCACUGCUGCGAAUUCUCGCCAAGCACCGGGAGAAGGCCUAUCAAACAGAAGGGGUCAUGGCAGGAGUGGACGAUGUGGAGGAUGAAGACAAUAUUUAGAUCCACACCUAAAAGAUCUUAGAUCCACCACUUUGUCCAGUCAGCAACCCACCCCUCAAAGAUCCUAGAUUCAUCACUUAGUCCAGUCUGCAAAUCCAUCUCUCUGCUUAGUUUACCAUGUUAAACAUACCGUUCCCAAGAUUCUAAUGACUUUAAUCCCACACAGUCAGACUGUUAUAUCUGAGCAUGAAGAGUGUGAUGCCACAAAUCAAAAAAACAGAAUGAGUCCAGGACACAGGUUACUGAGGGCUGCAUGUUUAUGUUAAAUUUAAUCUUAGUACGCAGUAGUUGGUUACUGGAUUUUAAUUUUGUUGACUACUUUAAUUCGAGACUUCACUUCAAGAAAUAAAUAGAUUUGUCCAUCUCUGGGUACUUUUUUGUAAAUAUGGGGUACACGUACUAGCGUACUGUAUGAAACAAGCACCUGUGGGGGUAACACAGGUGUUCCCAAAUGUACUCACAAUCUGAAUUAGUUGUUGGAUUAGUUUUGUUAUUAGUGCCAUUGUUGUUAUUUUGCUUGAUUUAAAAAGUUGUACCUUUUUAGUUUUGUUAGAGACGAUUAUGUUUUCUUAGGGUCUCAACUAUAUUAUCUUUUGAUAGAAUGCUGUUAUAAUAAAUAGUAGAUGUAGUUGUGAACAAUCCUUUUUUUUCCAUCAUCAUUUUGACAUUUAUCAUCAUCUCCAUUCUGUGUGAGUCAUUUACCUUGCGAUUACAGGUAGUGUGUCCAUUACAUAGCAGUAGGUUUUUACAGGGACAUUCAUUACAGAUGUUAUGGUUGUUUUCUUAUCUAGAGUUUAAAAAUUACAUGUACAUUUAUUGUACAUUUAUUACUUCCAACAGCAACAAAUUACAUGUAUAUGAAUUUUUCCUUGUUCCUGGUGCUUUUAAAAUAAUUUUGUACAUACCGUAUUUGUGUUUUAACAUUUGUAGACAUUUAAAGUGUCUAAGUAAUACUAGUUUAUUUUAUUGUCCAGUGGUAAUAUUUAUAUUAAGUGAGUGGUUUUUUUUCUUUGUUUUUUCAAUUUUAUUUUUUAUAAUUAUUUCAUACACUCUGUAUUUUACAUUGUAAGGAAUAAUUUACAGUUCUUAAAUGAAAAAAAAUUAUUAGAAUAAACAUGCAGUUCAGGGUUUAAAAAGUUAAAUUCAAUAUAUAUGUGUUUACUAUGUUUCACUUCAUUCUGCUGAAAUACAUCAGUUGUGCUACUUGUUAAUACUGCUAACUGUGUUUUUUUUAUAACAGAGCUGCUAGUAAACUUUAAUGUCUGGAAUUUCAAAAUGCAUAAUUAUAUUCAUUUGUUUGAAAUACAUACAUGUAUUAUUCAGGUACAGUAUUCAUGUUUGAACAUAUAGUUUUGAAGAAAGAAACUUUUGAUGCUUUAAAGGAUUAUUGUUUAGUUUUAUGCUUUGCCAGUAUUUUGCCUUUUACAGAUUCAUGCUUUGUGAUAUACAUGUACAAGGAAACAUGUUUUUAAUGAGCAUGCAUAUUGCAUAAUGAAUAUACAUAUUACAAACUAAGCCAGAUAAUUUCACCUCAGAGGAAUGUAAACAUGGAUUAUUAACUGUGAAUUACAGAAAGCAUACAGGACCACUGUCUGUCCUGUAGGUCUGCUGUUGAAUAGUUUAUCUACAGUAGUUAGGUUGGUUUUUGUGUUCAUAUUGCCUGUGCUUUUUAUGUUGAAUGAGCAUAUGUUGUUGUUUUUGUCUUUUUUUUAAUUACCUUCUUAUUAUACUAUUAUAUUUAGGUUUCCAGUAGAAAUCCUUGUUAGCUUAUCUUUAUGUCAACUCUUACGAGUGAACUGGAGUACCUCCCAUAUUUACUAUGUCAAAAAUGACUUUGUAUAAUCAAAGGUCAAGGUCAACACUGCACAAGUCACUAUUCUUCAUCUUAAAUUUAGAAUAUUUCAACAUGCAGACUUCGUUUUACAUGUAGUUUUGGUAGGAGGCUAUUAUAGAAGGAAAACACCAUAUAAAAGAUUUUGUGAUGAAUAGAUCAAGGUCAAAGUCAAGGCAAAAAAGAAAGAUUAUUAGAAAAGUACUUUUCUCUGUGUGACUUAAUUUGUCCAUUUUCCAGUCGUUACAAGUUAGUGAUGAAACUUUAUGAGAAAUCCCUAUUUUAUAUUUGGUAGAUCUGAUUAUAUUCUCUUGUUGCUUCAUAAUUAAUAACUACCCAGUUUUCUUUUAAGUAGUUUGAACCCCCCCCCCCCCCCCCCCCCAAUGUCUUUAGUGAUUUGAAAAAAAAAAACUGAAAGUAAUUUACAUUCAAAGUAGUUUUUUAAGCAGAAAAGAUUACAGUGUCAUUCCAAUUUCAUUUCACACAUGACAGUUUUACAAUUUGUUGUAUCAGACUUAACAAGAAAAAUAUCUUGUUACAGAUUUAUGUGUGCUUUCCAAGAAAAAUCCACCUACCAAAAUAGCACUGAAAUAUUUUGAACUUUUGCUUGAAUAUUGCUUCACUGUAGCCUCCUCCCCCUUCCACAACUACAUUCAUUUGGAAACCUUUACAGGGGAGCAUUCUACUCUUAUGUAUCCAUGGGUCAAUUUUUUUCCCAGAUAGGGUGUGAAUGGAAAGCUUUUUUAUCCUAAACCAGGUAUACCCUAUACUCACUAUGACCUGUUUUCAGUAAUAAUUGUUUUAUAGUUAACAUUCUAUCUUAACCAAUCUUUACAUUUUUUUUUUCUAACUCUUUGUUUUGCUGUCACAGAUGAAAAUAAAUCUUCAACAGCA